CGGGCAGAGCGGCGUGCGCCUGGCGAGACAAAGGCAACGGCGGCGGAUGGAGAGAGGGAGAAAGCGGUUAAGGUACAGAGGAAUUUGGGAGAUAGUUCAAAGGAAAUCCAAAGAAAAAGGGGGCAAAUAAAUCAGGUGGGAUGGUGGGACGAUAAAAGCUGGAAAUCCGCACGAGGUAGACUUAGCGAUUCACGGUCCUGCUCGUGCGUUUUUAAGCUUUUUUCCUCCAACGCCCCCCACAAAUUCCCCUGCUUGCAUCCCUGUGGCAAAGAAAGAACCGAUAGGAGGAGAAUUUGGUGGUGAGAAUGAAAAGUGAGUGAAAGCUUUCCUCACGUCGAUAACAAAAACAAUUUUUUUAGUUAUUUGCUGGCUGUGAAUUGACUUGCUGGCUAGCUAUAUAUGAAUUUGUUCAGCUGUUUGCUAGCAAGCUAGCUAGUUAGCCAGCAGUGUUAUUCUCAAACAAAGGGGACAGCGUGACUAGCGAACUGGGAACAAAAUAUCAAUAGCCAGCUAUCCAAAACUAUUCAAGUUAGUCGUUAUACUAUCUUUUCAGGGGUAACUCGGUGAAAAUACAAAGAAAACCACUGUUUGUUUCCAGAAGUGCGGAAGACCUAGCGGACAGAGAUAAUUGCUUAAAAUGAUGACAGCUUUGGGCAACAUUUGAAAGACGUGCAAACGGCAACAAUACAGAACGAGAAGACUGGAUUAAAGUGACAUCAGGGGGAGCGCGGUGUGUUCUGCAAAAACGGACCAGUUGGCUGGCUAACUUUGUAUGCCUUUGAUCUGUGUCGGGACAGUUGAACGUGCAGUUUUCUUUCUUUUUUAAAAACCAGUUUGCGGAAACUGCUUGGGAUUCGGGAGGAGGAGGAGGAGGAGGAGGGGGGGUUCAGCUCCAUUGCGGCUUAAGUCUGAUGCUAAAACUCGGGGACUAUGCCUAGCCCCCUGUUUCACCUAGAAAUGAUGGAACACGAGAUUGUGAACGCGCAGCACAAUGGGGUCAGCCUGGCCGGGGACACAGACGCGGAGUCCCGGGACGAAGAGCACCAAGAAGCGCUCCGCUUCGCAUUCGACCAGCUGUCGCUCAUGGCUGUUGAGAAGGGGGACUGUGUCGCCGGAGCCGGGCUGGUGGACACCCUGGAUGGCCCGGGCUCCAUCUCCGAGGCUUGCAAUGGCGUGGGAGGCGGUUACGUCGGCUUGCAAAUGCUCGACCACCCCAACGGCUCUCUCGGGUCGCCGACGUCGUGCUCCCCGUCCCCGGAAUACUACGGGACGGGGGGAUACCACAUGCCCGGCCCGCACUCGCACUCCAUGCUGGGAGAGGCGAGCUCCGUGCUUUGCAGCAGAAAACGGAGCGUCAACAUGACCGAGUGCGUUCCAGUGCCCAGCUCCGAGCACGUUGCAGAGAUCGUCGGACGGCAAGGCUGUAAGAUCAAGGCCCUGCGGGCGAAGACGAACACGUACAUCAAGACGCCGGUGCGCGGGGAGGAGCCGGUGUUCAUCGUGACGGGCCGGCGCGAGGACGUGGAGAUGGCCAAGCGUGAGAUCCUGUCCGCGGCGGAGCACUUCUCCAUGAUCCGCGCGUCCCGCUGCAAGGCGGGCGCGGCGGGGGCCGGGGCGGGCGCGGCCGGGGGCGCGGGCAGCCUCCCGGGACCCCCGCACCUGCCGGGCCAGACCACCAUCCAGGUGCGCGUGCCGUACCGCGUGGUGGGGCUGGUGGUGGGGCCGAAAGGGGCCACCAUCAAGCGCAUCCAGCAGCAGACGCACACCUACAUCGUCACGCCCAGCCGCGAGAAGGACCCGGUGUUCGAGGUGACGGGCAUGCCGGAGAACGUGGACCGCGCGCGGGAGGAGAUCGAGACGCACAUCACGCUGCGCACCGGCGCCUUCGUGGACCUGCAGGGCGGCGACAACGACUUCCACAGCAACGGCACGGACGUGAGCCUGGAGGGGCUGGGCUCGCUCGGCCUGGGCGCCGCGCUCUGGUCCCGCGGCAACCACGCCACGCCCACCCCUCCGCCCGCCCCGCCCCCGCCGCCGCCCCCCCCGCCUGCCCCCGGCCGGAAGCCCAGCUCGGCCGGCGCGCGGGCCCCCCAGGGCCCCCCGGAGAACGGGAGCCCCACCAGCCCCUUUGGCGCGGGCGGCGGGUUCACGUUCGCGGGCGACCCCGCGCCCUGCCUGCCCCCCCCGGCGCCCGCCGACGAGCUGGGGUUCGAGUUCAGCGCCGCCAACAUCUGGGCGCCGUUCGUGAACGGGGCCGGCGGGCCCCCGCAGCAGCGGCGGAACAGCAGCGGCCCCAGCGCCGGCGGCACCACGCCCCGCCUCUCGCCCACCCUGCCCUCCGCCGAGCCCCCGCUGGAGCACCCGCUGGCCCGGCGCGCGCAGAGCGACCCGCUCAGCGCCCUCUCCUGGCUGCAGGGCGGCGGCGCCGCCUCCUUCUCGGCCGGCAGCAGCAGCAGCGGCGGCAGCACCACGGGCUACUCGUCCUCCUGCUCCGCCUCCUCGCUGCCCGGCGGCUCGCCCACCGACUCGGAGGGGGGGGCGGGGGGCGCCGCGGGGGGCCUGCUCGGCCGCUUCAAGGCCGGGGGGGUCGGGGCGGCGGCGGCGGUGGUCGUGGGCGGGGCCGCGGCCGCCGGGUUAGCGGUGGCGGCUAACAGGGACUGCUUCGUGUGCCUGGAGAGCGAGGUCACGGCCGCCCUGGUGCCCUGCGGACACAACCUGUUCUGCAUGGACUGCGCCGGGCAGAUCUGCCAGUCCUCCGACCCGGAGUGCCCCGUCUGCCGCACCCCCGCCACCCAGUGCAUCCGCAUCUUCUCCUAAACCCGCCCCCCGACCGGCCCGGGACGGGCCCCCGCUGCCCCGGGCUCUCCCUCCACUGACGGCGGCGGUUUGUGGAACAGGUGGGCGCUAAACUCGUGCGCUAACGAAUGCGCUAACGUGCUAGCGGCCGCGACUACCGUCCGACGCGGACAGCGACUUCUCGGCAGCGCUGAACGCCAUGCAACUGUUACAGACUUGACAAUGUUACCAAUGUUUUUUGGGGUUUUUAUUUCUUUCUCCCUUUUGUGGAAACAAAGAGAAUCUGUUGAAACGUGUGAGUGUGAGUGAUUGGUUGGUUAGUUUUCAGGGUGGUACUUGCAACUUGGAAUGAUAUCAGUGUCUUAUCUCCAGGCAUUAACCUGAGGCAGUUUGGUGUGUUUGUGUGUAUAUUGUGUGUACAUAUGUAUAUAUGUGUGUGUUUAUACGUACGUACGUAUAUACACACGUAUUUUGUGGAGCUUCAGGUCUCUGCGUGCGUCACACACAGCAGGUCCUUUUGAGACUUUCGUAUUUUUCAAUUGAGCAGGAAAGAGACGUCUGGUGCACUUUUUUAAAAUGCUUUUUUUAAGAUGUUCAAUUCCUGAAUAGGACGGGGAUCAGAUUUUUUUGGUUAAAUAUUUUUUUAAGCAGAGUUUUAUCCUGUACAGAUUUUAGUGCAUUUUUUGCAUGUCGGAUGGCAAUAUUUUGGGGGACCCUUGAGUAAGGCAAAGGAAGGACCUUUCUUGUUUCUUGUUCUUUUUUUAAAUUCCGUUUUAAGCGGGAAUCCUUUUGAAGAGAAGGCCACCACGCCCAGUCUGGAGUGCACUACGGGGCGUGGCUCGAAGGUUUGGGCGAGGUUUAUGGGAACCCCUUCCUCUUGUUAGUCCUCCUCGUGUAUGUACACAAUGCUACAAACUGAAACAAAGGAUAGCACCACAACAUCAGACCAAAAUAUUGCAGGAAGAUUUUCGUGCUAUUAAAAAAAAAAAAAAAAAGAAAAAGGAAAAAAAAAAAAAAAUCUUU